AUGUCUCUAAAUAUUGCAUCCUCAGCACUAGAUGGGGAUCAUAGCACUAUUUUAGGCUCAUUUCAGCAUUCAAAUGAUAGAUUCCAGCGGUGGUUUGACCGAUUCUCUAUCUCGGCUAAGGUGGGAAUCAUAAUUGGUUCGGGAAUUGUUGUGUUGCUUCAAAUAUGGGCGUUGGUUAAUUACCAGCUAAUAAUCGACAAGAUGGUGGAGUUAUCGGACCACUGGAGGUUGUGGGGGUUUAAGGGGAUCCUUUUGCUGUUCCUGAUAGUGUUUGCAAUAAGCUUUCCUCCGUGCGUGGGAUUCAAUAUGUGCAGCGUGUUUGCAGGAAUGGUGUACGGGUUUUCUGGAUGGCCGCUGUUGGCACUGGCAGCAGUUGGUGGGUCGACGGCAUCAUUUGCACUAUUUAAGUAUCUUCUUGGGACGAUUGCGGACGAGAUGAUGGAGCAUAGCGAUAAUCUAAAGCUUUUUGCGGAUGUUUUGACCGACCCAGAUGCAACUUUUGCCCAAAAUCUUCUUGUACUUACGCUUUUAAGGUUCUCCCCACUUCCAUAUUCGUUUUCCAACGGUGCAAUGGGCGCAAUCCCGGGAAUCCCGGUGGUUUCGUUUGCAAUUGCGUCUGCAAUUUCGUCUCCAAAGUAUUUUCUUCAACUUUUCGUGGGAACACAGUUGCGAGACAUUGGAAAUGGCAAUACUUCGGCAUCCACGAAAAUUGCCAAGUUUACAAGUAUCUUGAUUGCAACCGGAGCUUUUGCGGCAGCUUCUUACCUCAUAUUUUCGAGGAUGAAGGCCAAGGCUGUGGAACAACAACGUUUGGGAGGGGAUAACUACGAGGAGAAUGGUUUAAACGGGUUUAAUUAUGAGGAAGAUGGAUUUGAUGGAGAUGAUUACGAAGCAAAUACGUUGAAUGGAGGUGAUUCAGGAGAAAAUAGACUGAAUGGAAAUGAUUCAGGAGAAAGUAGGCUGAAUGGAAAUGAUUCAGAAGAAAGUAGGCUGAAUGGAAAUGAUUAUGGGAAAAAUAGUCCGAAUAGUGCUAGCUAUCAGGAUAAUCAGCUUGAAUGA